AUGUGCUGCAGAACAGCCGGGGCUUCCUGCCCCCGUGGCUGCCGCAGCCGCUGCCCUGGUGCUCUGAGAGACGUGGGCUCCGGCGUCAGGUUUCCCUGCAGCGCUGCGGGCUACCUGCUGCUCGGGGGCUUCGUGGCCUUGGGUGUGUGCUCCAGGAACGGCCCAGUGGAGAACCAGCGCAGCAUCUGUCGCCUCUGCUGGGGCCUGCAGCUCCUGCUCACGGCUCAGCCAGGGCCAGUGGGCACCAGCGUGCUCAUCGGGAUACCUCUGUCAAUUCGGUUUCUUCACGGGUGCCGCUGGGACGAGGGGCAGAAGGUGCUCAAGGGAGUCGAUGCUGUGCCUGUGUGGGUGGGAGAGGGAGGGGCUGCAGAGUUGAGGCUGGUGGAUGGCGGCAGCCGCUGCGCUGGGAGAGUGGAGGUGGAACACGAGGGACACAGAUCUGGCCCCAUUUGGUUGAUUGAUAUUCAGUGUCGUGGCUCCGAGCCUGCCCUGUCCAACUGUACACACAGCGGAUGGGGUGAGAACAACUGUGUUCACAGCAUGGACGCUGGGGUGAGCUGUUCAGGGUUCAGGCUGGUGAACGGCAGCACGGCGUGCGAGGGGAGGGUGGAGCUGCAUGUGCAGGGGACCUGGGGCAGCCUCUGUGCCUCCCGCUGGCACCUCUCCGACGCCCACGUCCUCUGUGGCCGCCUGGGCUGUGGCUUUGCCGUGUCCCUUCCCAGAGGAGGGAGUUUUGGGAGAGGAAUGGGCCCCGUCUGGAGAGACUCGUUCCACUGCAGUGGGACUGAAGCCCACCUGGGACAGUGCCCAGUGACCGUGCUGGGGGCCUCCCCGUGCUCCCAUGAGGAUGCUGCUGCUGUCGUCUGCUCAGGCCCCGCUGGCUCCGGGUCCCUGCGGCUGGUGGGGGGAGGGAGCCGGUGCACCGGGCGAGUGGAGAUCUUCCAGCACGGGACGUGGGGCAGAGUCCUGUCUGAGCAGUGGGACGUGGCGGAGGCCCGUGUGGCGUGUCGGCAGCUGCGGUGUGGAGAGGCAGAGAUGGCCUACAACCCGCCCAAGGCCGAGCGAGGGCCGGGCCCCGUGGGGCUGCGAGGGGGUGGGUGGGCAGCCGGCCCCCGCCGCCAUCUGGGCUCCAUCCCCGCCGCAGGGAGCCGGCGCGUGCGGCUGGCUAACGGGCCCGGGCGCUGCGCUGGGAGAGUGGAGAUCUACUCCCAGGGCAGCUGGGGCAGCGUCUGCGACUACGGCUGGGACCUGCCCGAUGCCGCCGUCGUGUGCCGGCAGCUGGGCUGCGGAGAGGCCGUGGAGGCGCCGGGCUCUGCCGCCUUUGGGGAGGGCUCCGGGCACAUCUGGCUGGACGGCGUCAACUGCUCCGGGGCCGAAGCCGCUCUCUGGGACUGCCCGGCCGGGCCCUGGGGGCGGCACGACUGCGGGCACAAAGAGGACGCCGGAGCCGUCUGCUCGGAGUUCACGGCCCUGAGGCUGGAGAGCAGCGACGGCUGCUCCGGCCGCCUGCAGGUUUUCUACAACGGGACGUGGGGCAGCGUUUGCUCCAACUCCAUGACCCCCAAAACGGUGUCACUGGCGUGCGAGGAGCUGGGCUGCGGGAAGGAAGGGACUCUGGAUACACAAUGGCCACGGGGCAGAGUGUCUGGCCCCGCCUGGCUGGACCGUGUGGAGUGUGAGGAGAGACACGGCUCCUUCUGGCUGUGUCCCUCCGAUCCCUGGAACCCGCGGUCGUGCGACGAGCUGCGAGAUGUGACCCACAUCACCUGCCGUGGAAUUUAUCAAAUGCCUGUACUCAAGGAGCUUUUCAGGAACAACACGUGGGGGAUUCUCUCUGUGCACCUGCUGCUUGAGAUGAGCUUGAAGCAGCUGCCUGAGUGCCCGGAGCUCCUCAAUGGGACGGGCAACAGGCUGGGUGAGGUUGUGCCUGAGGGUCAGAGAGACCAGUGA